AUGUCGGAAUCAACUUGGGAAAAGACCAAGCGCUUUUCUAAGAAAGGCUUUGAUAAAACAUGGGCCCAAGUCGAUAAACUCGGCGCUCCCGUCAAUCGCCUUUCUAACAAACUAGGCGCGGAAGCAUUUUGGCCCAUGACCCUUGAUAAGGAAAGCGACAAAGCUGCACGAAUUUUGCGCAGUUUUUGCAAAGAUGGGUUCUAUGCGCCUGAAACCGAAGAAGGUGUCGAUGAGAAUGGCAAGAUUAAUCGCCCCAAGGGAAAGCAGAGAGUCAUUAAGAAGAUUCCCGCGCAAGUUUUGAAGAAUGCCAAGGGUAUCGCUAUUUUCACCACCAUGCGUACUGGUCUUUGGAUCAGUGGUUCCGGAGGUAGCGGAGUCUUGCUGGGCCGAGUACCCGAGACUGGCGAAUGGAGUCCACCAUCUGGUAUUAUGCUCCACACUGCUGGUAUUGGAUUCCUUGCUGGUGUGGAUAUCUACGAUUGUGUCGUUAUUAUCAAUACACUUGAGGCACUUGAGGCAUUCAAGAAACUGCGCUGUACCCUCGGUGGAGAGGUCAGUGUUGCCGCCGGCCCCGUUGGUAUGGGUGGUGUGCUUGACUCCGAAGUGCAUAAGCGACAAGCCCCGAUCUGGACCUACAUGAAGAGCAAAGGACUAUAUGCUGGCGUUGCAGUCGACGGCACCAUUAUCAUCGAGCGAUCUGACGAGAAUGAGCGUUUCUACGGUGAGCGAAUCUCCGUCACCGAUAUCUUGAACGGCAAAGCGCGGCAUCCCCGGAAUCUAUCAGCACACUUCUGCAAACCAUCAAAGCAGCCCAAGGAGACAGGGAUGCAGACGAGACCUUACCAAGAAGACCAUGGCUUUGGCGUCCCUGCGGCUGAGGACCCGGACCCAUACGGAGUGAAAGCGUUAGAAGCCGAGGGCAUGUUCAUCCGGGAGGCCGGCACUAAGUCUUUGAGUUCCGGCCAAACCCUGGUAGCCCGGUAUAUUCCACAUUCCUCUCGGCGCAGCUUUGAGAGCUCGCCGCGGAAUAGCUGGCGGGCCAGUGUGCAAAGUUAUACCAGCGUGAAUCGUGGUACUCAAACUGAUGAUCCCCCGCUAACCGCCGCAACAUCAGUAAGCCGAGCAUCCUCGCGGAGCGCGAAGGAAUCGCCAGAUGUGCCUAGCUCGAACCCGUGGAACGAGUCUCAAUGGGAUACAGUGCCUGUGAAUGGUGUCGAGGAGAAAGAGGAGGAUAAGGAUUUGGAAGAUGCCAAGAGAGUGAUUGAACGUGCCGAGAUUCAGAAUGAGAAUGAUGAAAACCACCCUAUUGAUUAUGAGGAUUUUGAGGUCCAUGAAGUGAGCAAUGCGAAGAUGGCUAAGCAGGAGCGUGCCGUCGAGUCCCCGGUAGAGGAGCGUCCUACUACUGCAGACUCUUCGUCUCGCUCUUCUCCUACCUUUACUCGCGCUCGCCUGGUGACUAUCAAUAAGCGACCUACACCACCAUCCUUGCCCCCUCGUCAUCCUAACCACACCUGGGGCUCGGGCUCUAGCCGCGAAUCUACUUCUCCUACUGCGCUUUCGCACUCCAGCCGCAGCACCGAGCCAACAGAAGCUGCGGGUGACUCUGUUGAUCUCACAGAGGGAACUAGCGAGGCUGCAGCUCUGCCUUCGAAUAUCAAGAAGUUCCAGGCGAACACUGUUUUGCCUGCUGUCGUUGAUGAAGAUGAUUUCGAUGAGGAGGAUCUUGUGGAGUCAGAGACCGAGAUACGUACUGAGAAGGACGAUGAGUUCCACUCUGUCAACAGUGACGCCGAGGAAAAUUCAGAGGAAAAGUCAGAGGAGGACAAUACCUUCCAGGAUUUGAACUUGACAGGCGACGUUCAUGCAAUGGACAUCGAGAACCUCGAGAAACAAGACCUGGAGCCCAUCUCCCCUAAGUCCAUUGACGAACCCCAGGCGGAAGCGGAACCCGAAGCUGAGGCCGAGACUGAACCCAAGCUCACCAGUGACACCGAAAAACUUCAUAUUGAGGAUCUGGAAGCCGCAGCUGAGAAGCCUAUCGAACCCAAGUCCGAGGAGUUUGAUAACAACAGGACCAUGACGGAAGAUCAGAGCCACGAUAUUGUGAACCUGCAUGCUCUGAACGCCCAAGCUGCUUAG